AUUUUGGAUUAAGCCUGAUGUGAUGGCAGUCAGCAGCUAGCAGUACGAAUUCAGGAUAUAAAGUCCCAAUUCAAACCUUCGCAUGAUGGCUACUUCCGGCCACCAUGUAUCUGACUGUUCCAAGGCCUCUAGAGUCCAUCCAUUUGGACUGGAAGUAUCAGUCACACAGGAUCAACUCCUCACUGCUUUCUUCAACCAUCUCUACCUUGGCCAGUGGGAGUUAGCAAGUGCAUGUGCUGCAAGCCUUGAAAGUCUACAGGGAUCUGAUGAUCAAGUAGACAUUAGGGUUGUACUGCAAGCUAUCAUCAGACAUCCACAUGACAUCAGUCUUGGUUUGGAUAGCAUUUCAUCUCCUCAUCAGCUUGCUUGGUUAGCAUCACUUCAUUUGAAGCAGGAGGCCAGGAAGGAAGAGGAUUUAUCUGCUGACGAUUACAGAGAGGUCGAACUCAGACUGUUACUAUACCUUGCAAAUUCUGAUGCUGGCUCAGCCGUUUUACAGGAAGUAUAUAUGUACUUCAAGGCUGUUCAGUUGCAACUUGAGGCUGCUCAUCAGAUGCUGGUUCAGAAACAGACACUGCUUCCAAACCUUUCAAAAGACUGCCUCAAAUUCCUGCUGUCAACUCUUAGCAAAGAUGUCACUCUUGGUCACACUAUCAUACAACGCCUCCUCCUGCCAAAACAACACAGGGUGGAAGAAAACAAUCUAUCUCUUCAUCAGGUCUAUAUCACUUGUCUUAGGGACUGCAUAUCAUCAUUAGAGUCAGUAGGUGACAGAGGCAGUGUGGUAGAAAAGGAACAAAUGGUGCAAUUGAUUCACAGUCUUCUGAACUAUUUUGAUCCUCCUGUCUCACUGCUACCCAGACUUGAUAUUGAGGAACUGUUCACAAGUUUGCUUAGGCUUGCCAAUCACUACCCAGGAUUGUUUAAUGAGUCUUCACUCACUGCAAUCCUUGUUGGUCGGGACUCGGACACAUUGCUCCAAACUUUUCUGAAGGUUCAGUCUACCAUGAGCUGGGAGUGUGUAGAGAGAGAUGUAUGUACCAGGCAUCCUCAGCUGAAGUGUAUGUGUCCAGAGCUGAGGAUUAACUUUGCCCUGUCAAUGAUGGACGAUAGAGAAGCUGCUUGGAGGAACCUCUUGCACUGGGUGUUAGAGAAUGAUCAACAUGUUCUAAUCAAGAUUGUGAAUUCUUCGCUCUCCUAUCGUGGAGGACUGUAG